AUGUUUGACACUUCACUCCUCGUAUCAGGAUUCUUUCCUUUCCCUUCCCGUAAAACAAGUCAAGUUUCUGCGGCGGAAUCACCAGGGUUAGGCCUCAACGGACAUCUUUCUCCGAAGAUUGGGGGAGCAUUUUCAGAUGAGCUACUCACUGGAUCAGAAUUCCACAGAUUAUCAGCAUGGAAGCAGAGGUGUGGAGACAUGCGCUUGAUAAAGGAUCAAAAUGGCAUCCUAAAGGGAUUCGGCUUUGUACGCUUUGCAACAAAAGAAGCUGCUGACAAAGCUCUGAAAGAGUUAUCUGGAUCUAUGCUAGAAGGUAAAAAGAUUGGUGUUCUUCCAUCAGCUGCACAGGAUACAUUAUUUUUAGGAAACCUUAACAAAGGGUGGAGUGCUGAUGAUUUUAAUAAAGUUGUGCGCCAGGUUUUUCCAGAUGUUGUUUCCAUUGAUCUUGCAAUGCCCCAAAGUGGUAGUGAGACAACAAGCAAAAAAUUUAAAAAUCGUGGUUUUGCUUUUGUGAAGUUCUCAUCUCAUGCUACUGCAGCACGUGCGUUUAGGGCUGGAUCACAGCCAGAUUUUGUUCUUGGUGGUACUUUACAUCCAUCUGUUCAAUGGGUUGAAGAGGAUCCUGAAGUAGAUCCGGAUGAACUUGCUAAGAUAAAAAUAGCAUUCGUUAGAAAACUACCCUCAACUAUCGACGAAGACUACUUAAAGAAACUCUUCAUGCCUUUUGGGAAGGUAGAGAAAGUGGUGGUGUCCAGCAAGGGAGAUUCUUCAGUUGGAUUUGUUCAUUUUUCUCAAAGAUCACACCUUGAUAAUGCCAUAGAGGGACUAAAUGAAAAAAUAGUUCCAGGCCCAAAAGGUGGGCCAUCAGUUAAACUUCAGGUUGAAGUUGCAAGACCUAUGGACAAAAAAAGAAAAAGGGUUCAUGAAGAUUUUCAUAACACUCAGCCCCUUGAUAAUUUGAAUAAACCCAGGCCACAAAAUCACGACCCAUACUUGAAUUCAUUUGAUGGUCAUGAAGGGACUCUUCAAAAGGAAGCUGUUGAUCCCCAUGAAGCUGCUGUUCUUUUGUUACCAGUAGCUGUCAGAGAGCGGUUACUUCGAAUUUUACGCCUCGGUAUUGCCACUCGAUUCGAUAUCGAAGUUGAAUCCCUAUCUAAUCUAGCAGAAUUACCUGAAUCCAUGGCCAUAUCAGUUCUUGAUCAGUUCAUGUUAUCAGGAGCAGAAAAACAUGACAAAGGAGGCUAUCUUGCAGCCCUAAUUUCUAGGUACCAGGUGGACAAAUUUGGAGCCAAUCAACAACCUUCAAGUUUAUCAAGAUUAAGAGAACCAGUAAGGGCCCACCUUCCAUCUGUUGACUCUCUUCCCUAUGCUGACCCAAGCAGCAGGGGUGACAGUUAUACAUCCCGUUAUUCUACAUUAUAUUCAGAUUAUCGUCUACCGAGUCGACCGGCUUAUGGAAACAUGGAGGAAAUGAGCCCGGUCCAAUCCCACCAAAUCCCGGGCCCAUCUUUUGCAAAAUCUUCACAAGAUCCAUACAACAGAAUACUGGGCCCUACCCCGACUUUAUCUUUUUCAAAAACUGGGCCGAGCCCGGAUCCUCAAAUUAAUGAUAGGCCAGGAAGUAGGCCACAAAUGAGAUUUGACCCGUUUACGGGUCAACCGUAUAAGUUUGACCCGUUUACGGGUGAGCCGAUUGUUCCGGAAAGUUUGGCCCGUCGUUAUGACAGCCCGUAUUGA